AGAGAGAAAAUGUAUACGCGUCGUGCCAACAUGGCGGUAAUCCUAUCAGCUGAUAGCGGUCACCGCUGGUUGGAAUGACGAGCCGUGUUUUGGUUAAUCGGGUUAAAUCGCGAUAGGUAAUCCUCUUCCUCCUGCACCGCUGCUGCCCUGUCAUUGUUCUCGCCUCCUCGUGGCCGAUCGACGGAAGGCUGUCUGCGCUAGGAGCUGCGCCUGUCUUGGCCUACCCACGCUACUACUUGACGUCCGUGAUAAAUACGUGCGAGAUCCGGACGGAUGACGCAUCGACGACGAUGCUAACGUUGCAUUUUUCACACGCUGACACGUACACGUAUCACCGCUGCGGCAGCAAACGGGAGCAACCGACAAGAACGAGUGCGUGUCGCUGACAGGCGGUGAGUAGCGGCACCACCACGUGGGAAUGUCGUAAGGGUGACGAUCGGUCCGUCGGUUAGAGAGAAAAAGAGAAAGAGACCUAGACUGGAGUUAGCUCGGGCGGAUCGCCGGUGAGCGAGCGAGACGUCUCGCUUUGAUCCUCGCAGCGCGACGCGGUGCGGGAUCGUCAUCACGAGAGCGAGCGGUCGGUGAUGAGCGACUCCGAACAACGGCAGUUGCACGUGCCUUACCGAGAGUACCACAGCCAGAAUAACACCAGCCCCGCCACCACCGCAGCAGCCGCCACCGCCGCUGCCGCUCUGGUGGAGACCGAUGCGCUGGUGGACCUGUCCAUCGCGUGUCCCGUGACCAGCGGCAGCAGCAGCAGUAGCAGUAGUAGCCAUCAUCAUCAACGCCUGUCGUCAUCGCAAAACGAUCAGCCGCCGUCGCCGUCGACAGCUGACCUGCUUCCAGACGUCGAGUUCAUUCCCGGCUUGAGCAACGACCAAACCCUAACCAUAGAUUCCUCCGGGAUCGACCGGGAGAGCCAGCCUCUCCUCGGUCGCUUGGAGCUCGACGUCACGUUCAACAGAUUUCCAGAUGAUCCACAAUUCUCAGAACUGGUUUGGCAGGCUGAAUGCGCGAUAGACAAUGGAGUUUACCCAGAGAGGAUAUACCAGGGUUCCAGCGGAAGUUACUUUGUCAAAAAUCCAGCUGGGAAAAUUAUAGGUGUGUUCAAACCAAAAGACGAGGAGCCUUAUGGCAGGUUGAAUCCAAAAUGGACAAAAUGGAUGCACAAGCUCUGCUGUCCAUGCUGUUUUGGCAGGAGUUGUCUGAUUCCAAAUCAAGGAUACCUCAGCGAGGCGGGCGCCAGCCUGGUCGAUCGCAAGCUCGGCCUCGGCAUCGUGCCGAACACCAGAGUGGUAAAACUCGUCAGCGAAGUGUUCAAUUAUCCCCGUUUAGAUCGUCAGAAGGCGCGCAUGAAGCAGGCGAUUAUGGACCAGUUCCCCACGGUAGGAUCGCAUUUCAAUCGCAUUGGUCUACCACCUAAAGUCGGUUCCUUCCAAGUUUUCGUGGAUAACUACAAGGACGCCGAUUACUGGCUGAGACGAUGGGAGAACGAGUCCAUGCCAACGCGCCUGAGUAGAGAAUUCCAGCUUCAGUUCGAGCGUUUAGUCAUCCUGGAUUAUAUCAUCAGAAAUACAGAUAGGGGUAAUGACAAUUGGUUAAUCAAGUACGACACUAGCAUUAGCAAAAAUGGAUCUGAACAGGGUGAAGUGAAAAUCGCGGCGAUUGACAAUGGCCUGGCUUUUCCCUUUAAACAUCCAGAUUCUUGGAGGGCGUAUCCUUACCACUGGGCAUGGUUAACUCAGGCGAAACAGCCAUUCAGCGAAGUCACGAGGGAGCUAGUCUUACCGCAACUCUCGGACCAGAAUUUCGUACAGGAUCUCUGCGAUGAUUUGUAUCAGCUAUUCAAACAAGACAAAGGCUUCGACAAACAUCACUUCGACAAGCAAAUGAGCGUGAUGCGCGGCCAAAUUUUGAACCUGCAACAGGCACUGAAAGACGCCAAGAGCCCCGUGCAAUUGGUACAAAUGCCGGCUGUAAUUGUGGAAAAGGCCAAAGGAAACGGUACUCCCAGGUUGUUUUCAUUUUCUGACACGUUUACCCAACGCUUCCAGAACAAGAGUCCUUUUUUCUCAUGGUGUUGAAAACGAGAAUUCGUAACUUGACUUGAGUGCUCGUGAAUAAGUGUCAGUGAUAUCAGUGUCAGUCACAUUGUUAUCUCCGUCGCGAAAAAUGUUAUUAUUUUUCUAAGUUUAUUUCUACCUCUCUUAAGUUUUAUUUCUAUCGCGCGGCUGCAAAUUGAUCAGGAGGAUAUGAUUAUCCUUUUUAGGACUGUCUUGUAUUUAUAAUCUCUUUCUUUUUCUCAGAGAAUCUUCUUUAAUCGAGAUAUAAGAUAUUCGUACAACUAUAUUGUAUACAGUAAAUAUAUAUAUAUAUAAUGUUAUAAAAAAUUUUCUUUUACUGCGAACAAAUUGUAAAAAAGAGAGAAUGAAAUUUAGAUAUAAUAUAUAAUCCAUAAACACGAAAAAAAUACAGGUGCAGGUUGUACGAAAUGUCUCUCUCGUGUCUUCCACACGUACACACACACGUGUGCGCUCUUACAUACACACACACACACACACACACGCAUACACAUUAUAGUUUGUGCCAAUCGGUACUGUGAAAAGAAAGCGUAGAUCAAUACCUAAAGAACUACUAAUGUCAUGCUGCAGCUUAGAAAAUUGAAAAAUAAAAAUAUCUUAUAUUUUGAAUAUACGAUAUUUUUUCUUCUAUUUUCGCAUGCCGAAAAGGUGGCAUUGGUUAUUUCAGUUCUACGAGGUGUUGGUCACUUGAUACUUAAACCGCUGUAUAAAUUUUUGGGAAAUUAAACUGUGAUUCUUGUGGUACACGCAUGUCAUAUCACAUUGCAUAUGUACUGACAACAGGAAGUUCCACAUGGUUAUAUACAUAACAAUUAAGUACAAAUGAAAUUGCUAUUUGAAUACAUAGAUGAAGUAGAGUUUCUAGCGCAAUUUUUAUGAAAUUGUAUUUUUGUCUAUUAUUCUCUUUUGUAAUAUACAUGCCGUUUCGUAUUAGAGAAAUAGAAUCACGUAAUGAGAUUUUAUGCGAGUUCAAAACUGAUAUCAAAACCAUGAUGUAAGAAUACAUCAUUGUAUUCUUACAUCAUGAUUAAAAUGACACAUUUUAUGAGUUUAUGAGUUACAAUAAAAAUAACAUGAAGUUAGUUUUGGAUCAUGAGUCGGACAUAUCUUAAUCGGAUUUUUAAAAUAUUAUGAAACUUAGAAAUUUCAAAAUGUUAUUUAAAUGUUUUGAUAUUUCUUAUAACGCCGUUUAUAUACACGCAGAAUAAUAUUGAUGCAAUUGGACAUUGUAUAUAUCUGUAUACAUAUUUUACGAUAAGAGAGAUCUGAAGCUACAAUAUGGAGGUUGUCGAGGUUUGUUCAAAAAGGAAAGCCUCAUCAUGUACCAAAACGAUGGCAUGUCCAUGCAAGACAAAAGUAAUUGUCAUCUCAUUAAUAUUUUCAUCGAUAUCUUACAAGUUUUCAAAUACUUAAUAUUUAUAUUUAAUGCUUUUGACAUAAUGCAUGAAAAAUUCACUAUUAUGAUUGAGAUACUCCGUACGCAACUUUUUAUUAUAAUAAUUUGAUAGGAUUGCAAAUUAAUGUACUUAUAAUUGUUAAUAUCUGAUGUAAUUUCACGAUUGUAUAUUAUAUUCUAGUACAAUAU